CUUCAGUGUUGUGAUUCCGUCCCGCCAAUAAGUGCUCGCCUUGCCGGCCCCGGCCCCAGCCGCUUGGGUAAAUAAUCCAAGGCCAAGCGCAUCACGGGCCUCUCCCUCCGCCGGGGAAAUCGAGAUGGAAUGACGAAGGAGGAGUCUUUGAUGGGGUCACCCUGGGUCUCCCUAGGCCGCCGAUGGCUCCUGCUGCUGCCCCUGGUGCUCCUGCUGGUGCUGCUGUGCUGCCUGGACCCGCGCGCGGUGCGGGGCCGCCUGGGUCUCGUGGGUCUCGGCCACGGCCGCGAGCUUGAGCCGCCGCCACACGCGCCGGCCGGCGCGCGCCGCGCCACCGCGGCCCCGGCUCGGCUCGCGCCGACGGUGCCGCCCGAGGUGUCCAGCGGCUUCCUCGUGGACACGCCGGGCUGCCGCAUCCCGUUCCUGGCGCCGCUGGACGAGGCCGUGCGCCCCUUCGUGUUCCCCGUGAAGCGCGUGCGCUGCGCGGACGCCGGGCCCGCGCUGGUGGAGGCCGACCCCGACCCGCGCCGCGACGUGCUGCACCUGCGCCGCCACCGCGGCCACGCCUACAAUGUCAGCGACCCUGCCAGGCUGGUGUGCUGCGGACGCGCCUUCUGGAGGCCGGCGCCGCCCCCGGCCGCCCUCGCCCUCACGCCACCGGGGGGCGGCAAGGACGCCACCACAACCCCCGCCCCCGUCGACUACCGCGGCCUGGACGACGCCGUCGAGUUCGCCGACAACUGCACGGACUUGUUCUCCGGCGAGGACGAGGCCGUCGUGGCGGACGAGUUCAUCCGCGUGGAGUGCUCCGAGGGCGACAACGUGGUGUACCGGGACGUCUUCGGCUUCACGCCCCCCAAGCCCCAGGCCGGGCCCGCGGCGGGGGCCGCGGAGGACAACGCCGUGGACGUGCUGGACCCGGACACGCCCAAGGUGUCCAUCCUCAUCGUGGGGGCGGACUCCGUGUCCAGGAGCAACCUGCUGAGGCAGAUGCCGCAGACGGUGGAGAUGCUCAAGGACAUCGGCGCCAUCGACAUGCUGGGCUACAACAAGGUGGAGGACAACACCUUCCCCAACCUGGUGGCCGUGCUGACGGGGCUGUCGGUGCCGGAGCUGCGCGCGCGCUGCUGGCCGUCGGUGGCGCACCCCUUCGACGACUGCCCGUUCCUGUGGCGGCGCUUCGAGGCGCUGGGCUUCAAGACGGCGUACGCGGAGGACGAGCCGUGGAUGGGCAUCUUCAACUACAUCAAGAACGGCUUCGCGCGCCAGCCCGUGCACUACUACAUGCGGCCCUACGCCCGCCUGCUGCUCAAAGAGCUCGGCCACCACCAGGAGUUCAACUGCCACCUGUGCACCGGGGCGAGGUUCCAGCUGCAGGCUCUGCUGGACUACGCGGCGCGCUUCGCCCGGCUGCCCGACAAGCUGUUCGGCCUGUUCUGGGGCGUGAGCCUCACGCACGACCAGCUCAACAACCCCCAGCUGGCCGACCCGCUCUACUCCGGCUGGCUGCGCGCCGCCAGGGACGACGGCGUCCUGGACAAGAGCGUCGUCGUGUUCCUCAGCGACCACGGCAUCCGCUGGGGCGACAUCCGGGAGACGUACCAGGGCCGCCUGGAGGAGCGCCUGCCCUUCCUCAUGAUAUCGCUGCCGCGGUGGCUGCGCGAGCGCUACCCCUCGGCGGUGGCCAACCUGCGGAGGAAUAGCCGGCGGCUGGUGACGCCGUACGACCUGCACGCCACCCUGGAGGACCUCAUGGACCUGUCCCGGCUGGAGCAGCGCUCCGUCAAGGACCGCGCCGAGCUGCUGGCCAAGCUGGACUCCAGGGAGCACGGCAAGCACGCCACGCGGCGCCCCAAGCCCAGCAGCCUGCCGAGGGGCAUCUCCAUGUUCCUGAUGGCGCCCGAGACGCGGUCCUGCGACGAUGCGGGCAUCGAGCCGCACUGGUGCACGUGCUACGCGUCGACGCCGGUGCCGUCCAACCACACGACGGCGAGGCGCGCGGCGGCCUUCGUGGUGCGGCGCGUCAACGCCAUGCUGUCGGGGUACCGGCAGUGCGAGCGGCUCAACCUGUCCGCCAUCCUGGACGCCCGUCGCCAGGAGGGCCGGCCCGAGCUGGGCGCGGACGGCCGGGACGGCCGCUCGGCGUCCAGGGCCGCCAAGAAGGGGCUGCCGCGGGUGGCGGACUACUCUCUGCUGCUGCGGACGGAGCCGGGCGGCGCGCUCUUCGAGGCCACGGUACGAGUCCGGUCCGGGGUCGCCUUCUCCAAGCGCGGCGCCAAGAGGGACAGGGAGUUGCUGUCCAUGGCCGGCACGGUCUCGCGGGUCAACCGAUACGGGUCGCAGAGCAGCUGCGUGGCCGACUACCACAUGAAGCUCUACUGCUUCUGCAGGGGUUUCAAGGGGUAGCGGUGGUCGGCCCGGGCUGACUGCAGAGGUGAAAUGAUAAUAAGUUCUCGUGUAGUCAGUAUUUCCCGUGCCUCGGGCGCGUGAAGUAAGAGGGAAAUGCGAACCAACGUGUUUAAAACAUUCCAGACUCUUUUGUCACGAUGUCGUUUGGAUGUCGUUAGUGUGUACCACGCUGUGCUUUGCUCUGGAGAGGGGCCACCAAUUUAGUAUCCGAGUUCACUUCGCGGCCUACGACUUUUACCUGAAAAUGCAGGACAAUUACUGGCGCCCAUAAGUGUUACGUGUAUUUUUAUCUUACUUCCACGAAGACAUGCCACCAAUUAAAACAGACUGAGCAUACAUUCAAACUCACAAGUGCCAAAAAUUGUUAACGUUGUGAUUGUUCUUUAAAGAUAGUGCUGGACACAACGGCCACUCUGUCUGCUUUGGCUUUCAAGUACGUGGCGCGGCAUCGCCUACAUUGUUGUACAGUUCAUUUCUUCGCCUAGUCCUUAAACUGACGGUAUUUUCAAUAUGCGCAGUGGAUAAGCUGCAUAUUUUAAUUUGUGACUAAUGGCCACCAAUACGCUUUCAAAAUAUUACCAUACGGUGGAAAAAUAAGUGCUGUGUUUAAGUAAGUAGGGAAUUUUCAAUAAUUAUUCUUAGAAAUAUUUUGUAUAAUACUGUUAUCAGUAAAAAAUGUAUUUAUUGA